UCUGCAGUUAUUGACUUCCUAUCGGGUAUCUCACCUGCUGACAGAGAGGUACAGGAACUUACUUAAAGCAGUGUGUUUGUUCUUAUCAGGCCGGUUUUGGGACAGUGCAGAGGUGUACACGGCUCUCCUGCAUCAGGAACAGAAAACCCCACAGAGUGCUACAAACACUUUGGGCACUCCUGAGAGAACAGCCAGGCUCCUAACCAGCCGGGCAGCCGCCUGCCUCUCAGCAGGAGGAAAAUCCGCAGAGGAGUGCAGAGAUCUGCAGGAAGCCUUUGAGAUCCAUCCUGCCACUGCCAGAAUUCACUUCCAAAGGCUCUUCACCGAUUUUGGCACGGGCCUGGCUGCUCGCAACCAUCUUCGCCGGCAGGCAGAGAGGAGUUUGUCUGGUUUCAAGGAGAGAGUUCUCGGCCGUGCGGACCUGCGGACCACUGAGGGAGUUGAGCUCCUGGAUCCCGCAAUCUCUGCCUUACAGACUCUUUGCCAUUUAGAGCCCGACGGAGGUGGCCGAGAGCUGCGGGUGCGACUGGCUGACUGUCUCCUCCUCAGAGGGGAGCAUAAGGAGGCCCUCUCCAUCUGUAGCCAGCUAGCUGCUGCCCACGGACAGCAGAGCUACCAAAACACAGUUCAGGUUCUUCGUGGCUUUGCACGACUUCUGUCUGGCGACCACGAGGGGGCAUUAGAAGACUUUCAAGCUGUGAUUGAACAUGACACCCCUCACCCAGCCAGCUGUGUGCGGGCACUUUGCGGCAGGGGGCUGCUGCGAAUGACGGGCGGUUUUAAUUACCUCACGGCUCUCGACUAUGUGACAGCCAGCGUGYUGCAUCCUCAGGAGACGGCGCUGACUGUACACUGCCUGGUGCCGUGGAACUGUCGAGGGCUGCUGGUCACAGUCCUGCUGGAGCAGGGGCGAGUCAUGCUGGAGGGGAGAGCAGAGCACAGAUAUAAAUCUGGUUCAGGGGAAGACGCCAGGCAUCCCAAACACGAGGGCCAGUUGCAGGCCCAGCUGAAGAGAGAAACCCACAGAUCAGGGACUCCUGCUGGAGUCCAGUCCCUGGCCGCUCUGCUUAUGGAGCUCCAGCCCGGUGCAGAUGGGCCUCAGAUCCUGGCAGCAGAUGCCUUGUACCAGCUUGGCCGGGUGGAGGAGGCGUACAGGCUGCUAUUGUCUGUGGGGACCCACAGUCCUCGGGCGCCUAUUCUGGCUCGCCUCGCCCUCCUGCAGCUGCACAGAGGAUUUCUCUACAACACUAAUCAGCUGCUCAAAAWGCUAAUCGUGUGUGGUGAUACCAGCUGCCUGUGCAGCCUGUUGGCUGUGGCACAAGAGAAGGACCGAGCACUGCUGCAGGGACACUGCCACUCGGCUGCAAAACGCAUCCUGGACGGCUCUAAAGAGGAGAGCUCUGUCAGGGAAGCCGUGGCCUAUUUAUCCAUCGCCGUCAUGGCCUCUGGUGGUGACGCAGCAGAUUCCCUCCUGGAGAGAGCGAGGUGUUACGUGCUGCUGGGUCAGCGAAAGACAGCCAUAUUUGAUUUCAGUGCCAUUUUGAAGGAGAAACCGAAACACAUGCAGGCGCUCUGUGGAAGAGGAUUUACACACCUCAUGCUGAACCAGCAAAAGGAGUGCAUCCAGGAUAUCCUUACCGCGCUUCAGAUUAAAGCUGACAUCGUCGUCAAAGAAAUCCUGUCCCUUAAGGACAGGGCACAGAAGCUCGUCUGUGACUGGCUACAUCAUUUCUGUCGCACAAACCUGUCAGAUACUGUGAUCACGAGUUUGGUUCCCUGCCACGAAGAGCAGCUCAGAGAUGUUUUGAUAAUCGGUGGAGCUUUGCUGAGGACUGACAGCAGAGACCCGCGGUGGCAUCUUCUUUAUGUGGAUAUCCUCUUGGCUAAAGGUGAAUUUAAGGCCGCAGGCACUCAUCUGUGCCAAGUAUUUGGCCAAGAACCAAGAGAUGCAGCGGCCCAGGCUAGACUGGGAGUAGUGGAGGCCUGGCAGCAGAACUACUGCAGCGCCUCUCGCAGGCUCAGUAAAGCGAUCGAGAAAGAUUCAUCCAGCUUGGACUUUUUGCUGGCCCUGAUCCCGCUUAAUCAGCGAAAAUGCACAGCCCAGGCAGCUGCACAGGAGGCCAGCAGAGUGUCGUCAGAUGGCCAGUGGGAUCAGGCUCUCACACUCCUAACUGUGGCAGUAAAAGCURCGGGCGAGCACAAACUGCAGUAUCUUCGUCAGCGGGCUGCCUGCUUUGCACAGCUGGGCUUACAUGAGCAGGCCAUAGCCGACCUUGACAGAGUUAUCCAGCAACACGGGGACUCCAGCUGCUCAGACGACCCUAAAAUCUGGGCAGAAGACCUGUGUCGGCGAGGUCGCAGCCUGGUGCUGUGUUCCAGAGAGGGAGCAGCUCUGGAGGACUUCAGCCAGGCCUUGAGUCUCCACAGGACACAGGCCGUCCAGUGCACAGAGGCUGGUCUGGGGCGGCUGCAUCUGGCUGAGUGCUUUCUGCGAGGGGCGCUGCAGCACUAUGGAGAGCAGCAACUGAGUAAAGCGUGGACGCUGAUCGAAUGUGGCCUCGCCGUGGACAGUGAUAAUGCAGAUCUGCGCAGACUGAGGGCGAGAGUCAAACGAGAAGCAACCAGCCCUUGCAACAUCAAUUAGCAYUGGUCGCUAAAGAAUCAAGAAAUGGGACCUCGUGCAAAGCCAAWAAAGUGUAAUCAUGUCUGUAGGAGGAAAAAUAAAACUGAUUAAAAUCUUCCAAAGUUUUAUAAGAUAAAUCACGGUUCAGUCUACGCUUWGUAUACAACAGUGUUUGYUAGCAAUCAGUAACUUUAUAUUUAUAUAAUUUGUAAUAUAGGAUAGUAAACAUACUCAACAGCACAUUCAGUCAACUUUUUCAGUUUACAGAUAAAUUAAAUACGAAAAACAAACAGAAUCUAUAAGUUUUGUAUUAUAUGAGCUAAAUCAACACUGCAACACUGAAUAUUUUUAUCUCAAACUGUCACACCUUGAUAAAAUAUUUAAGAAAGUGUCAAAUGUGCAGGUUUUUUUCCUUUAAAAUGCAAGAGGCAUUUCUUUAAUCACAUUCAUGGCAGCAAACAAACUUCAGAAUCCUGGAAUACAGAAACAACAUAAUUAAGUACUGGAAUAUAGUUUCUAAAAUAUAAUGUCAGCGUGUUCAUAUUCCUGUACCUAAAGCAGUAUUUAUUCAUUCAAGAUUAUGUUUUUACUGUUUGUCUAACUUAUGCUUGCAACACGUUCUUUGGUAUUAAGCCAACACAGU